CGAUAGAAAAGUUACAUUUUUUAAAUUUGGGUAGUUCUUGGAAAUUUAUUGAAAGGGCUACUCGAGUAAAUUACGACUCGACUAAAAUAGGCAAUAUUACAAUUCCGAAAUUUUUGAAACCAAUUGAAAACUUGCAAGUCAUGGCCUGGGUUCCCAAGACGCAAUUCGAGCUCGACCUAGUGAGCAUGGAGCCUGGAUUUAACCUGAUCCAGGGGCAGAUCGCCUACGAGGAGAAGAAGAAACUGGAGCUCUCAAGAGUGCCAGUGCCCAAGAGUAUUGGCGAACAUCUUGCGGACCGGGGAGAUUUGCAUGGGUAUGGAUCGUCGGGCGGAAAAGGACGGGAAAUCCGCGACUGCCUCCAAAUGAUGGAGAAGAUCCAGAAAAUAGCGGGCACGAAGCCGCUGGGCGAGCACGCCACUAUGGAGGAUUGGGAGGACACUACAACGGCGGAGAUGGAGGCGUUGGCCAUGAUGCGCAACUUUGGGAUGCAGUCUAUGGGUCAGGACUUACUACCCGCUCUUCCGCAGAUCACGAUGCAAGACGAAAGUUGGCGAUUACCCCUCAACAUGGACCCCGAAUUCUUUACGAUACGUAAAACGCGUAAGCCUAAGGAUCUUCCGUCAGCGAACAACGAGUCCAAGGAUUCAGCGGAUGAUUCUUUUCACACAGCCGAAAGUCUGAGCAACUGCAUCUUGCUAUACGGACCUGGAAAUUCCCCAAAAGGCAAAACACCGGAGAAAAAGAACAAGGAGGUAAACAGGGAUACUUUAUAUAGUUAUAUCAAGGCGGCCCCAGUUGCCUUGGACAAAGGCAAGGGAAAGAGGAGGAACCAGCGAUCCUCUCAAAAAGAAAGACGUCGCCAGCAAUACGAAGCUAACCAGUAAAAACAAACAUGGUUUACUUAGCUUUUAUACAGGUUUAUGACAUUAAACUAUUUUAGGUAUUUCGAGUAUGCAUUGAAAUAUCAAACACAAAUAAUGGAUCAAAGCAAUUCAAAGAAAAUUCUAAUGAACUUGCAUGAUCCCUAGUACUGACUCUCCAAAAAACUAAUUAUAGUUAUUUUUUGCCUACAUUUUUAUAAAGAAAACGAGAAUUUUCUAUGAAAACAGUUUUUAAAAUAAAAUGUCACUUGAAAGUU